UUCUAAAGCGUUUCGGCGCUCUGAUUGGACGAAUGAGCGUCACGAGACUCGGCACGGUAGAACUCCUGCACUGCUGAGCUCGUGCUGUCUGUGAAAAUGAGUGAGUCAUUAGUUGUGUGUGAGGUGGACGAGGACCUGGUGAAAAAGUUGCGUGAUUUCCGCUUCAGGAAGGAAACCAAUAAUGCCGCCAUUAUCAUGAAGAUUGAUAAAGACAAACAGCUGGUAAUCUUGGAGGAGGAGCAUGAGGAUAUUUCUCCUGAAGACUUGAAAAACGAGCUACCAGAGAGACAGCCCAGAUUUGUAGUCUACAGCUAUAAGUACCAGCAUGACGAUGGAAGAGUGUCCUAUCCUUUGUGUUUCAUCUUCUCCAGUCCCGUUGGAUGCAAACCUGAGCAGCAGAUGAUGUAUGCUGGCAGCAAAAACAAACUGGUACAGACAGUUGAACUGACCAAGGUGUUUGAGAUUCGCAACACUGAAGACCUGACAGAGGAGUGGCUCCGAGAGAAACUAGGAUUCUUCCGUUAAGACCGAACCGAAACAACACUAACGCUCGUGUUUGAAGAGUGACCAAGAUGGGACCAUCACCUCCAACUGGAGAGAAUACCAUAGUCCAUCUGAUACUGUCUGUUUGUGUGUGUUUGAAUGCUUCUGCCCAAACUCUAAACCUGCCUGUACCAGUUUAAGAUGAUUUGAGGUGCAAAGGAUUGAAAAUAUGAAAGCAAAUUCCAUAAAGUAGCCUGAACUGUUCCUUGGAUUUUUAAAGAAUCAUUCCACUCUCGUCCUUGAGCAGUUAAGAUUGCACUGGCUUGCACGGGUAGUCCAAUCUUAUUGACCUUCAGGACAGACGACAAGCAAACAGAUUUAAACACUAAUGUGAUAUGUUUAGCCUAUUUUUGAGUAGUAAAAUCACAUACUUCUUCAUGUAAAGGCAUAUUACAAGCCCUGAUCAUUUUCAUCCUCUGUACAUGCAUUUUCUACCUUGAAUUUGACCAAUUUUUGACUAUUCUGUUUUGAUACAUGUUGAAUUGUAAUGGUAGGUGGUGGAGUCAGAAUUCUCACUAAUAUUUUUGGGAGAGAGCAUUUCUGAACUAUUGUCUUGAAUGCCAUAAAUUCCUACUGUUUUGCCUUUUGAAGUCCAUGACAAGCAAAUCUCUUAAAAUCAGUUAUGUUCUGGGACUCAUCUUUUGAUUUAUUGUAUCUUGUUUUUUGGUAUACGUCACCCAGAUGUCCUUAAGCACAAAUCUGUCCCAGUUUUUUCUGUAGUGUGUAAGUUUAGAUGUACACUGGCAGAGCUGUGCAGUUGUAUUAUUAAGCCACUGGCAUCGUCUCAUGAUUGCUCGGUUUGUUAUACUAAAAUACUCUCUCACUGUCCAACUAAAGCCGGUUUUCUUAUUUAUGUGAACAUCGCUAUUUCCAUAUUUAUGCAAAAACAAUCUUUCUAUUGGCAAAAUGUAACCACUGGAAGUUGCUUAAAUGUUUACAGCUAAAGAGAAUAACAGGAAUAGCUGGAGAAAGUGAUGGUAUUGUAGUUUCUGUAAGUAAUACCUUUACAGAUCUCACGUUUUUUUCAGAAUCUGUGAGCUGUAAUGUGGGUCAGGCUCAUCUCUGUACAUCUGUAGACCCUGUAACACCUGUGAUUAUUAGUGGCGUUUCCUAUAAAACACUAAUUGCUCACUUUGAUGGUUUGUAUGAUGUGGAUAUCACAUGAUAUGUCCCGUACAAUAGUGACCUGUGUAUGUGUUUAACAUCUAAUUUUUAAUGACUGAAGAUGCUUUUCCUGAUCAUUUAUAAGUCAAGUUCUCUCUUGAAACCAUGAACAACGGUUAACCUUUUGGUAUGUGUCUCGAUUACAUUUGUCUGCUGUUUUGAAUAAUUAAAUAGAAGGUUUUUUUCCUUUGUAAAAUUGA